AUGAAAACCAUGAUGAAUAUCUUUUAUGUCAUCGCUACUUCAAUUUUCCUUCUCGCUCCUUCCAGCGAAGGAUUCACAGUCUCUGGUGAGCAAUCGCCGAAGUCAUCAUCAUCAUCGUCACAAUUGUUCUAUACAAACGAUGGUAUGACCUUGACGAAACCCACAACCACAACGGCUGAGCCCAUUAUCAAGGGAAAGAAACCCUACAUCACCAAGUUGAGUAGCUUGGACGAACUGAAAUACUUUGUCCAAGAAGAUGAUAGAAUGGUUGCAAUAAAAUUCUAUGCGCCAUGGUGCAAAACAUGCCAACGCCUCGGUAUGCAGUUUACAAGGCUCGCAACCGAACUUGGCGAUGGCAUUGCCUCUCGCAAAAUGGUGGAGGGCCAAGUGCGAUUUGCGGAGGUGGCCUAUUCACCGCAAACGAACCACUUCAUUCAGGAUCAACUUCAGGUCGCAGCAGUUCCAACCCUGCAAUUGUACCAUGGCGUGAACAAGCUGUGGCAACGGUCCGGGACAAAGGAUACUAGAGAUCUACGAAAUGAGGUCUUGAAACUAAAGUCCAAGAGCAAGGAAGAGCUCUUGAUAUUAGGCGAAGAACAAGAUGAUGGCAUUUUGCAAUAUGCCAUUGAAGAUACCAUGUACGAUGCUCCAGACUUUCUGCUUGAGGAGUGGUAA